AAGGCCAUUUCCAUUUCCCCCUGUUUGUAGUUGCAACAGUGCUCAGAUAAUGAUGACGAUCACUUACCCAUGAACAAAGUCAGAGCUCAAACAAUCAUGGCCCAAAAUUUUCACAAGAGUAAAUAAGCUUAGAAUUUGAUUAACCUUUAACAAACAACUUUUGGAUGUUAAUUAUCAUCGCCCCGAAACACUGUAGAGGUGGUAAUUUUUUUCCCAGCUUCCAUUAGAAGUCCCAUCAUGCCAGCUGCUAGCUGUUUCCUUCAUCUCUAUCUCUCUCUUUCCUUCAUUAGCAAUCUUCUAUAAGUUCAGAUUCGUUAAUGGGUUUCUUUCAGAGUCUAGGGAUGUAUAGAAUCCUCUGUUUUCUCUGAUUAGAGGAAUAUUGCAGAGUUGAAUGCCUGAUCAGAAAACAGGGCUCAUGAGUGAUCAUUUAUCAAAAUCUACUUCAAUUUUUGGUUUGCGAUUAUGGGUCGUUCUUGGUGUAUGUGUAGGAGCAGCCUUUGUUCUUGUUCUUUUCCUAAUUACUCUGUGGCUCGCUUCAAAGCGCUCCAAGAUUAAGACUGUUAACAAACCCAAAAUCCCGGUUAUCUCCAAAGAGAUCCAAGAAAUCAGAGUCGAACACAUCAAACCAAACCAGGCUCAAAUCCAAACCCAUCCGUUUCCCGACCCGGAAAUUCUCGCCGGAAAUGAAAGGCAAGCUUUGUUGCUUAUCCCUUCUGAGGAGGAGAGUCCAAUAGGAUAUCAUGGGGUUCAGAUUGACACUGGAAAAGGGCAUUUGAUUUCUUACCCACGUUCUUCCGGAGAGGCGCAGCGUGCCGGAGGAGGCAACGGCUGCGGUGUUGAUCAGAUUGCUAUGGUGGGUCCUGAUGUGUCACAUUUGGGGUGGGGCCAUUGGUAUACUUUGAGAGAGCUGGAGGCAUCAACAAAUGGGUUUGCUGAUGAGAAUGUGAUUGGCGAGGGAGGCUAUGGAAUUGUAUAUCAUGGCGUUUUGGAAGAUAACACUCAUAUAGCUGUUAAGAACUUGCUCAAUGACAGGGGACAGGCUGAGAGAGAAUUCAAAGUUGAAGUGGAAGCCAUUGGAAGAGUUCGGCAUAAAAACCUAGUGAGAUUGCUGGGUUAUUGUGCUGAAGGAUCUCACAGGAUGCUGGUGUACGAGUAUGUGAACAAUGGCAACUUAGAACAGUGGCUUCAUGGAGAUGUAGGGCCUUGCAGUCCUCUUACUUGGGAAAUAAGAACGAACAUUAUCUUGGGAACUGCAAAAGGGUUAACUUACCUCCAUGAAGGACUCGAACCGAAAAUAGUCCACCGUGACGUAAAAUCAAGCAACAUUCUGCUUGACAAGCUGUGGAAUCCUAAAGUUUCAGACUUUGGCCUUGCAAAGCUUCUUUACUCAGAAAGCAGCUAUAUUACAACCCGUGUAAUGGGAACAUUUGGCUAUGUAGCUCCUGAGUAUGCGAGCACGGGCAUGUUGAAUGAAAGGAGUGAUGUGUAUAGCUUUGGGAUUCUUAUCAUGGAAAUUAUUUCAGGGAGGAACCCAGUUGAUUAUAGCCGGCCCCCAGAAGAGGUGAACUUAGUUGAUUGGCUUAAGAAGAAGGUCACAGAAAGGAAUCCUGAAGCAGCAUUGGAUCCAAAGUUACCGGAGAAGCCUUCUUCAAGAGCAUUAAAGAAGGUUCUUCUCGUAGCUUUACGAUGUGUGGACUCAAAUGCACAGAAGAGGCCAAAAAUAGGACAUAUUGUACAUAUGCUUGAAGCUGAUGAGUUCCCUUCAAGAGAUGAUCGCAGAGGUAGAAGGGACCCAACAAGCGCGCAAUCCGAAAAUGCCAAUGGAUCGAUGGAGAAGCCUGUAACCGAGUCAGGUAUUUAAUUGAGCAGGUUCCCAGUACAUUGCAGAUACUGUAUUGCCUGCUCCAGGCUGCAGCUCCAUCUGGAUUGACUGGCCUGCUCAAGAAUGAAGUGACAUUGUGGCUGUCACACAUAGACAUACUAAUUAAUAUAGCAACAACCAUCAUUGCGAGAUUGAAGUCAAGGCUCCUUUGUUUGGGGACUGUUGUCCUCUGGGAGCUGAAAGCAAAAGGUGUGCCAUGUGGUUCAUAGUUGCAUUGCUGCUCAACUCAUAGUUAAAUAAACCUGUCAUACAAUAAAAUUGAGUUCACAUUCUGGAUUA